UUUUUUAAACCAGUGCACGGUUAAUUGAAACGGACGGGCAACACGGAUGAACGUGAUUUUAUUGUGGAAAAGGUGAUGUAAAUAGGAUGUAAAAAAGAAUCCAGCAGAAAUUUAGAAGAGUGUACAUAAUUAAUUGAAAGGUAGAUUGAACACGCGUCAACUUAAAGAAACAACGGGCGAUUUGUUUGCUAGUUCAGCCGUGUUUUAAAGAACAAGAGCCAAUAUAAGCAUAUUAAAUCGGCAGUACAUUGUGACAAGCAGUGAUAGCAGGCUAAAUCGAGUUGCAAAUCGGUAUUUUUUGUUUUAGUCUCGUAAUCUUUAGCAGCCUAACCGUUCUUGAUCACGAAACACUGUGGUACGGUUGUGGUGAUAAAAGUGGCGAAAAGAAAUGGCGAAUGGUACGAUGCGAAUGAUACCCUUUAUUCGUAAUUCCUUAUUUUGGUUAAUACUGCUGUCACUUUACCAGCAUUACGUUUGCGUCAAAGUGCCUCGAAAAUAUCUGCAGACCGAUUUAUCCGCUCUGGGAAGCAGUUUUUCAGUGCCAAUAUCGGUUCCAGCUCCGAGUGGGGGAAAUGACACGGCGGUCGAAACAGAGGUGGGAGGUGCGGCAUCGAACCGAUCAGUUGUGCCGUUGGAUGAGAGCAAGAAAAGUUUCUCUAAGCUAAAACUAUACCAGGAGCAACUGAAUGGCAAAAAAACACCAUCAAUGGUAGGCUCAUUGAAUGUAAACGAGGAAACCACACAUUUACUAGGAUUUAAUGGUACUGGUCAGAGGAAAGAGUACGCGAUCGAUGGCGAUAGUGUUAAUAAAACUGCACCUAAUAGUUCGACAAAGUUAUUGGGAGCGGGAGCAGGAGUUGUUAAUACGUCAUUGCUGCAAGAAUCGUCCGGACGUGACCCAAUCAGUGAUGCAAUCAACAUUGAUACGAUCGAGCGCACUGAGGCUGAGUUGAACAGUACACUGCAAGAGCAUAACAUAACAAAAACGUUUGAAGAUAAUCAUCUAUACUACAAGAGCACUUGGUCCAUCGAUAAAGCCAUGAGUGAUGAAUUUUGGAAAAAAAUAACCACCAACUUAACCGUCAACAUGCUGCUUUCCAAUUCCCAUCGGCGGGCAACAACUAUGCUUUUGUCGUUCGAUUUUCCAUUCUAUGGUUUCCCCAUUCGAAAUAUAACAAUUGCGAGCGGAGGCUUCUUAUAUACAGGAGACUAUGUGCAUUCGUGGCUGGCAUCAACACAGUAUAUAGCUCCUUUAAUGGCAAACUUUGAUACAGCAUUGUCCAAUAGCUCCCUUGUGAAAUAUCGUGAUGAUGGUGAAACUUUCAUCGUAGUUUGGGAAAACGUUAUACUUCAGGAUCGUCCUAACAAUGGGACUUUUACCUUUAGUGUCACGCUAAACAAAUCCGGCGAUAUUGUGUUUGCAUACAAAAAAAUUCCCAUCAGCAUCCAGCAGAUAUUUGAAAACCCGCUUACGAAAAACCACCCUGUAAAGAUAGGGCUUUCCGAUGCGUACAUAAUUGAUAAAACAAUAAUGCGUACGAAGCAGAAAACCAUCUACGAAUAUCAUCGAGUGAAUUUUGGUCAAACCGAAGUGCAAAAUGAUACCAUUAUAACAUUGUCAGCACUACCUACAUGCUUCUCAUUUAAGGAUUGUGAAUCUUGUAUCACGCACGAGGGAGCGGAUUUUGAGUGCUUAUGGUGUCCGAUGAUCAAUCGGUGUUCCACUGGUACAGAUCGGAAGAGACAAGAUUGGGUACAUAAAGGAUGUGAAACAACAAUAAUUUCCGAAGCUUUAUACUGUCCGGCACUUGGUCAGAAAGGUAAUAACUAUGGCGAAUCAGUCGAAGUUACAACCAAAGCUGCCCCCAACAGAUACAAUAACACCAACUUUCGAGAUAAUCAACAACCAGGCCAAGAUCGAAAACCUGAUCAAAGCGGUACAACGAAUGGUGUUGUGGUGAAUGGAACCGAUAACAUUAGGGGCUCUAACAAAGAUGAUUUUGUCAACAAAGCGCAUGUAUAUCACACAUCGGACAUACAUAGUGAAUCAAGUAAUAAGCUACUAGUGUCAAUGCUGGUUAUCCUCGGGAUCCUGUUAAUGUCUGGCUGUUGGGUAUUAUACGCAUACCGAAACCCCCACACAAAGAGUGGUCAGCUGUUAAUUAGAAUUGUAAAAUCUAAAAAGUACCGUCCUAAUAAAUGGUUAUGGCGACGCGGCGAGGCACGGUAUACUGCAGCUUCCAUCCACAUGUGAGAAUGCGACUUACAUUCAGCCCUCUGGUCUACAUGAAAUAAUCCGUCCACUUCAUCUUGUCACGCAUUACUUUCUUUUGCAUUCAUUAUUAUUUUAUCAAACUAUACGUGUCUUCGCAGAUCAACAGAAUAGUAAAUAGUUGGCUUGUUAUUUUCCUAUUUUAUUUGAUUAUAUCUUCCAAUUUACAGAAUAAACACAGGUAAAAGUAAUUCAUGUCUUCACACUUUGGCAUCUGGCGAUACCGCAACGGCGCCAUGUGUAAAAGCUUGGUUGACGCUCGACGACAUCACAUUAGUUGCUGUAGCUAUAUUGAAAUUUUUAUUAAGUACAAGAACAAAGUCGAAGCGGGAAUAAACGGGAAAUUGAUUAAUUUUUUUUUGCUCGGUUAGAACGGCCUGGCCGUAUCAAGACUUAUUUUACCACGUAGCAGGAUAGUCAGUCCAUGCUAGGGGGGGACGGUCCGGAUGGGGUUUGAACCCGGUCCCUGCCGUGGGGACCGGCAAUGGGAAAUUGAUUAAACUAUUAUAAACAAUUUACUAUUUCUCGGUAUGAUCUGAAACCGUCGACGACAACCGUAGCGUUCGUACUGCGCCGAUACUACUCAAAUAAAAUUGUGUGAUAUCUGUGGAUGUCAAUGUGUGAAGACUAUUUCAUACUUAAAAACGUUACAGUUUUUUGUCAUAUUUAAGUGAAAGCAUAAAAUAUAAUAGUAUUAAUUCGUCAAGAGAGCUUGCACGUUAAUAACGAAGAAAUAACAAGCGCAACUUAUGUUACAUGUUUGUUUUGCAAUCAAAUCUCCCUGGUUUUUUUAUGGCACUGAUUGAUAUUGUUUGUAAUAAAGUAAAGAAAACAGCUACAGCAAAAUGUGUAACACAAAAUGUAGUUUCUUUACAUUUUCUAUGCAUUCGAUAUAAUUUUCUGUUAGAACAAAACAAUGGUGUAGCAAUUAUUGAACAAGAAAUUACAAAUACAGUUAAAUCAAUUGAAAAUGAGGAAAUUAAUUUAAAUGAACUGUGACCCCCUCUCAAAAUAACUAAAAGUUUCGUGCAACAUUUAUAUUAUUAUUGUGCAUAAAAUAUCGUUAAAUUGUUAUAAAAUAAUGAUACAAAUGAGUUGAUAAAGUUUAAUGAAACUCUUUUUCGAAAAAGUUGCAAAAUUAUACUUCUUUGUAUUUUAUUUAAACUAAACACAAUGUACGCUGUCGUUGAAACCGUCCUAUUCGAAGUGGUAGAAAGGUGCAAUAAAAUAUAUUAUUAUUACUAUUGAAUUUUCGAAUUAGAAGGAGGUAAUUCAAAGCAAUGGAAAUUGAUAUAACAAUUUCAACUAGAGUUCUGUUUUGUAUUUGCACACAGAAGUUAACUUCGUCGUCGUUUUACAAUUCUCAUUCCCGACUAUAUGAACUCAAACAAAAAUAAAUAAAUAAAUAAAUAAAAUAAAUCAAUUACCCUAGGUUAUACAUAAUGUAAAAUUUUAAACAGAUGUAUGAUUAUGGAAAUAGCUACAUUAUGUCAAUUAUGGGAAAUUAUAUGUUGUUGCUCAAACUUUCGCAUACGAUUAUUGCACACUCAUACAAGUAUACUGGAUGUGAGAUAAAUUGAAAGCAAAAAAGACAUAAUUAAAAAAAUGUGUAAAGACAUCAGAAAAAGACAAACUGAAUACAUUUAUGUUUUUAUGAUUUUAAUAACAGUGUCAUCCCGCUUUAUUUGGUUCGAAAAUUUGGAUAAGUAAAGACCAAGUGACACAAAAACAUUUGAAAACGUAAAAUGUAAAAUUGUAAGUGCCUUACGGGGAGAUAGCAACUGAAAUGUAAUACUCAUACGGAUAAAAUACACACGCAAAUUCGCAAACAAACGUUCUGACAUAAAUGGCCCUGACCAAGAGUUUCAACAAAACCACCAUAAAUAUAUUAUUGCUUUGAAAAAGAUGUAUGAUAGUAUAAUAGUAUGAAUGGCAAUCAAUAUUAACGUCAUCAUAAAAUAAAUAUUCGUAAUGGAUGAAA